CGACAAAGAACGUAAAUAGUAUAAUAAAUAUCAUUCUUAGGAAACCGUAGUAACCAUAUCGCUUUAAUUCGACGUUAGUUUGACUGAAAUAUGCUGAGGAUUUCAUCUAAUGAAUUUUACACAUCACCAAAGAUUUGAACUAUUUUUUUUAUUGGCGAUGUUCGGUAGGGGAUUAAGCAAUAAAGAAAAAAAAUGUUAUCUCGGAGAAACAGCCAAAGGGGUUUAGGAAAGGGAAAAAACAUUGCGCGGUAAUUAAGUUUUUAGCGAUAAAGAGUGGCGUCUUUCCAUGGAGCUGUCACGAGAUGUUAUAGUAAGAAAACGUAGGUAGUAGAAAAACGCAUGUAUAUACACUAUAUAGACAUUAUAAUAUACAUCUCGUGUCCCUUUCUUCCUCUCUAUCUGUUUAUAACAAACAGCAAACAAGUCUGUAUACUAUACACUUCUACACUUGAAACGAAGCCGUCUUAGCGCACACAAAAGGAUUAGCUAGCUACCGUGUUUCUCAUGGAUUAGAGGCCAUCCCACAUAUCCUUGGAUUUACGAUGGGUGAUUUCAGUUCGGAUGUGCCUAAUUCUUUGUUUAUAAGUGAUUACAGUGUGUAGUGAUCCUGUGUUUAUUUUCAGAGAUGGGGGAUUAGUGAGUGGUGGGGGCGGGCACCUUGCUCCGGGGGAUAGAGAAAAAUACACAAGACAUGUACUAUGUUUUCGGGGUCGCUUGUGACUUUUUUCAUCAUAUUUUAUUGUGUUGGGGACGUAUGGAGUAGUACUGAUUCGGAUAUUACUAGACCAAAAAGAACAACGGCUAAUUGUCCACGUGGCUGUGCUAGUUGUUCACCUGUUAAUGGCUGUGUUACGUGCGAGUCCCGUUAUUUUAUGUUUUUAUAUAGACAGAAUAUUAGACAGAUUGGUAUAUGUACGCCCAGCUGUCCUGUAGGAUAUUAUGGAGUUAGAUAUCAGUAUUAUAAUAAAUGCAAUCGAUGCCAUAUCGAACAUUGCCAGGCUUGUUUCAGUCGACAUUAUUGUACGAGAUGUGAACCACCUUAUUUAGCAUUCCAGGGACAGUGUAUAGAGAAAUGUCCCAACAAUACACAUUAUGCAAAUUACUCCAAGGAAUGCCGAGAUAGAGUGGAUUGCAUGGUUGGACCAUGGAGCAGUUGGUCCCAGUGUUCCAGAAACGGUGUGACUUGUGGAUAUAGAUAUGGCGUGCAGACUAAAACUAGACAGGUUUUAGAAUAUCCGUCAGUUAAUGGAGCUGGAUGUCCGACAUUGGUGGACUCAAGAACAUGUGUGAUAAGACGUCGACCCUGCAGCGGGCAGUGUAACCGGCGAAAACGACAUAGGCGUCGUAAGAAGAAAAGAAAGAAAGGAAAAGGGAAAGGGAGAAAGAAGGGAAAGAAAGACAGAAAUAGAGGACGUCGUAAAAAUAAUCGUAAGCGCAAGCACCGGCGUAAAGGUUAUUGUGGUAGGCGAUGUAGAAGGAGACGAUGUAAUCGACGCCGUAACCGUAUUACCUGAACAAGUAGUGUAUAAUAGCUAUGGUAUUUAUGGUAUUAUUUAUUUGUAAAGUGCAGAGUAUAUGAACAUCUGGAACGCGGUGGUGGUUUCUGAAGACCAUACGGCAAUUUAUGCGUAACGUAUUUAAGGAUAUAAUGCGUUUGCACUAAGUAUAUUUUGUGGAUAUAUGGGUAUAUCGUGACACAAAACUUUGAUAGAAAUAAGUUAUAAAGCAAGUGAUACUAGAGAUUUUAAAAUAAUGUCGCUGACAAAUUAUUCGCUGAUGGCAUUAUGUUUGUUGUAUUAGAAUAAUGAACUUAACUUAUGUAUACGCAAUUUAUUAUAUAAUUUCUAUUUUAUAUAGGCAAAUGUACAUAUUGAUAUUUUACUAAUUUGUUUUGUAAGAUGUAAUAAGUAUUUUACUGUUUUUUAAAGAAAACUAUUAUUUGUCAAUGUUCUUAUAUUUUGUCAUUCAAAACAUUUUCAUUUUGAUACCUUUUCAUUUGAUGAAGAAUUGUUAUGUUCAGCAGGUCGUCAUAAAGGGAUUAUGUAGCUGGUUGUCUUUUAUCAAAGAAAAUAUUUUUGAAAUAAUUGCGGUUAUUUCCAUUCAUUUUGCGAUAAACAUUAUUUUCAUUUUGUUAACAUAUUGUCGUUUUAAAAGUUUUAUUGUACAGACAGGUGUUGACUUAGGUGCAUAUAUUUGUUACCCCCAGUCCAAGUGCAAGAUUUACCAGCAGACUUGGCCACGGGUCAAGACAUAAAAUAUUUUGACACACUCAUGGGUCUUUUUAUACCGCACUCUUCCAUCUUACUCUAGUCGCCGGUGUGGGGGAUUGGGAGAGGCACCACAAGUGGCAUAGCCUAGGACCACUCUUAAUGAAGCCCCGCACUGGUCAACAUAUACAAUCAUUACCCGCUAACUUACCAUAGGGUUGUUUUCACUGUCACUGACACUUUUAUAGGCAAAUGUACACAUUGAUAUUUGACUAAUUCUGUUUUUUUUUUAAGAUGUGAUAAGUAUUUUACUUUUUUUUAAAAGAAAACUAGUAUUUGUCAAUUUUCUUUUAUUUUUUCAUUCAAGCCAUUUAAAAAUUUUUCGUUUUGAUAUCUUUUCAUUUAAUGAAGAAUUGCUAUGUUCAGCAGGUUACCAUAAAAUAUUUUUUGCACCGCCAUGGGCCUUUCUUAUAACAAACUCUUCCAUCAUCCUCUAGUCGCCAGUGUGGGGAAUAAACUAACUAUAGCUUUAAUUCCCUUUUCACUGACACUUUUAAUUUAGUCCUAAGUGUCGAAAUUCGCGCAUCAAUUAUCCAGGUAUCGCAUUGUGUCUGCUAAUCUUGAUCGGCAAAAAAGAAAAGUAACUAAACUAAUUAGGAUCACUAGACUAAAUUUUAGGAUGAAUGUUAAUUAUAUGUGUUCUCGUUGCCUUUGGCAUCGGAACCUGGUAAAUGCUCUCCUGGUCAAUGUUCAUGACGAACAUUCAAUAAUGGCCGAACGACUUAACUGCAUGUGGGUGUGUGGUUUUAUUUUGCCUGCCAUUCUUCAGUGGUGUGAAAACAUUGGACGAUCGACAUCUUUGCAUGACAAUAGUCGCAAAUCAUCUCCCCACCUGCAGCACAACCUGACGUUAGUAUUUAUAUGUUGCAGACUGUUUUUUAUACCAAGAUUAAUGACAGAUAGUAUGCGUUAUAUGCAUAUACCUAUGUUAUAAUUACAUGACGCGCUAUUAAAAUAUUAUUUCAUCUCACCAAAUUUGAUUCUAGAUUGAAGUCUGGAAUUUUAAGAAAUGAAUUAGAGAUAUCGAAACCUCAUAAACAAAAACGUGUAGUGACAAUGUUGAUGCAGUGAUACAAAUUUAAAUUAUACUGUCCAAUAUACCACGCAUAUAUUCUACUCAUGCUUCAAUGCUGAAAAACAUUAUCAGGCUUGUGUAACGGCUGUGGCAAGGUUGACCACGGAAAUAAAAUAUAGCAUUUGAAUAAAUUGAAUUGAAUUGUU